GGCGGGGUGCUCACGAUGGGGCCGUGCACGGGCCGGGCCCCCGUGAAAGGGGGUGGCACUGUCCCCUGCGGGUCCACUCGGGCUGCGGCCCAGAGCCCCAGCCCUCGCACGCUCGGCGGGCUGCAAGGCCGGGCGGCGCAUCCGGCGCAGCCGAGGUCCCCCAGCGCCCCCUACAGCUGCGCGCGGGGGGGAGACGGAGCCGGAGCCGGACCCCCGCGCUGGGCACCACGCCCAGGACCCAACCCGGGCCGGCGCCCCGGGACGGCGCGCCCGCAUCCCCAGGCCGCAGACUCCAGGCGCGGGGCGGGGGGCGAGCGGUACCCCGGCCCCUUGGUCGCCCCGCCUGCUGCGGCCCUCCCUUCCUUUGCGCGUCCCUCCUCCCCGCUCCCCACCCGCCGGCGCCGGACACGCUGCGCUUCAGCAAGUGGGGCGCUCUUCGCCUCGGCCGUGUCGCCUCCCGUGCAACUUUGGGCAGGAGCCGAGGGGUGUUGGAUGUUCCCCAGCCGGAGCGCAUGGCUGCUGCAGCGGGGCGCGGAGCCGGACCCCGCGGCCGCCGUCCGGGGAGCCGUGCUGCUACUGCUGCUGCUGUGCCUGAGGGUCCCCGGAGCGCACCCCUACAACGUGGACGCGGAGAGCGCGCUGCUGUUCCGGGGCGCCCCCGGCACGCUGUUCGGCUACUCCGUGGUGCUACACAGCCACGGCCCGGACCGCUGGCUCGUCGUGGGGGCGCCCACGGCCACCUGGCUCGCCAACGCGUCGGUGCUCAGUCCCGGGGCCAUCUACAAAUGUAGGAUCGGAAAGAAUCCAAGCCGGACGUGCGAACAGCUUCAGCUGGGUAGCCCUACUGGAGAACCUUGUGGAAAGACAUGUUUGGAGGAAAGAGACAAUCAGUGGUUGGGGGUCACACUUUCCAGACAGCCAGGAGAAAAUGGAUCCAUUGUGACUUGUGGACAUAGAUGGAAAAAUAUAUUUUACGUGAGGCAUGAAAAUAAGCUCCCUACUGGUGUUUGCUAUGGGAUGCCUUCUGAUUUACGAACGGAACUCAGUAAAAGAAUGGCUCCGUGUUACCAAGAUUAUGUGAGAAAAUUUGGAGAAAACUUUGCAUCAUGUCAAGCUGGAAUAUCUAGUUUCUUCACAGAGGAUUUAAUUGUGAUGGGAGCUCCAGGAUCGUCUUAUUGGACUGGCUCUCUUUUUGUCUACAAUAUAACUACAAAUAAAUACAAAGCCUUUGUAGACAAACACAAUCAAGUAAAAUUUGGAAGUUAUUUAGGAUACUCAGUAGGAGCUGGUCAUUUUCGGAGUCCACAUACAACAGAAGUAGUUGGAGGAGCCCCUCAGCAUGAACAGAUUGGUAAAGCCUAUGUAUUCAGCAUUGAUGCCAAAGAACUAAAUAUCUUAUAUGAAAUGAAAGGUAAAAAGCUGGGCUCCUAUUUUGGAGCUUCCAUCUGUGCCGUGGACCUCAAUGCAGAUGGCUUCUCAGACCUGCUGGUGGGAGCGCCCAUGCACAGCACGGUCAGGGAGGAGGGCAGAGUGUUCGUGUUCAUCAACUCCGGUGUGGGAGCAGUAAUGAAUGAAAUGGAAACAGCACUCAUUGGAAGUGAUAAAUAUGCUGCAAGAUUUGGGGAAUCUAUAGUUAAUCUUGGUGACAUUGACAAUGAUGGCUUUGAAGAUGUCGCUAUUGGAGCUCCACAAGAAGAUGAAUUGCGAGGCGCCAUUUACAUUUACAAUGGCCGAGUAGAUGGCAUCUCAUCAGCCUUCUCCCAGAGAAUAGGAGGACUUCAAAUCAGUGAAUCAUUGAGUAUGUUUGGACAGUCUAUAUCAGGACAAAUUGAUGCAGAUAAUAAUGGAUAUAUAGAUGUAGCCGUCGGUGCUUUUCGCUCUGAGUCUGCUGUGUUGCUAAGGACAAGACCAGUAGUAAUUGUUGAAGCAUCUUUAAGCCACCCUGAGUCUGUAAACAGAACGAAAUUUGAUUGUGUUGAGAAUGGAGCGCCCUCUGUGUGCAUGGAUCUAAAGCUUUGUUUCUCAUACAAAGGCAAAGAGGUUCCGGGUUACAUUGUUUUGUUUUAUAACAUGAGUCUGGAUGUGAACAGAAAGGCAGAGUCUCCAUCAAGGUUUUACUUUUCCUCUAAUGGAACUUCUGAUGUCAUCACAGGAAGCAUACAAGUAUCAAGCAGAAGGGCCAACUGUAGGACACAUCAAGCAUUUAUGAGGAAAGAUGUGCGGGACAUCCUCACCCCAAUCCAGAUUGAAGCUGCUUACCACCUUGGGCACCAUGUCAUCAGCAAACGCAGCACAGAGGAAUUCCCGCCCCUGCAGCCAAUCCUUCAGCAGAAGAAAGAAAAAGACAUGAUUAAAAAAGUGAUAAAUUUUGCAAGGUUUUGUGCCCAUGAAAAUUGUUCUGCUGAUUUACAGGUUUCUGCAAAAAUUGGAUUUUUCAAGCCAUAUGAAAAUAAAACCUAUCUUGCUGUUGGAAGUACGAAGACAUUGAUGUUGAACGUGUCCUUGUUUAAUGCGGGAGAUGACGCCUAUGAAACAACGCUGUACAUCAGACUACCCACGGGUCUUUACUUCAUUAAGAUUUUAGACCUGGAAGAGAAACAAAUAAACUGCGAAGUAACAGACAACUCUGGCACAGUUAAACUCCACUGCACCCUUGGUUACAUAUAUGUAGAUUAUCUCUCCAGGACAGAUGUCAGCUUUCUGCUGGAUGUGAGCUCACUCCGUAGAGCAGAAGAGGACCUCAACAUCAUGGUGCUUGCCUCCUGUGCAAAUGAAGGAGAAAUGGACAAGCUACAGGACAACAAAGUGAUAGUAGCAAUACCUCUGAGAUACGAGGUUAUGCUAGCAGUUCAUGGGUUUGUGAAUCCAGCUUCAUUCGUGUAUGGAUCAAGUGAGGACAAUGAACCCGAAACAUGCAUGACUGAGAAAAUGAAUUUCACUUUCCAUGUUAUCAACAUGGGCAUUAGCAUGGCUCCAAAUGUUAGUGUGGAAAUCAUGAUACCAAAUUCUUUUCUUCCCCGAACUGAUAAACUCUUCAACAUUUUGGAUGUCCAGACGACUACUGGACAAUGCAAGUUUGAAAAUUAUCCAAGAGAAUGCGCAACAGAGCAGCAGAGGUAUGCUGUGGAGACUUUGAAAGGCAUCCUCACAUUCUUGUCAAAAACCGAUAGGAGGGUAUUGUAUUGCAUGAAAGCAGACCCGUACUGCUUAAGUUUCUUAUGCAAUUUUGGGAAAAUGGAAAGUGGAAAAGAAGCCAGUGUUCAUAUUCAGUUAGAAGGCCGGCCAUCCAUUCUGGAAAUGGAUGACACAUCGGCACUCAAGUUUGAAAUAAGAGCAACAGCUUUUCCAGAGCCACAUCCCAGAGUUAUCGAACUAAACAAGGAUGAGAAUGCAGCACAUGUUCUACUGGAAGGAUUACAUCAUCAAAAACCCAAACGUCAUUUCACCAUAGUGAUUAUUUCAAGUAGCUUGCUACUUGGAUUUGUUGUGCUUUUUUUGAUUUCAUGUGUUAUGUGGAAGGCUGGCUUCUUUAAAAGACAAUACAAAUCUAUCCUACAAGAAGAAAAUAGAGAUAGUUGGAGUUAUGUCAACAGCAAAAGCAAUGAUAAUGAUGAUUGAAGACUUCUUUCAUAUUGAGAGAACUGAAAACAGACUCAGGUUAGACUAAAAACACUGUUUACGGGAAAACAAAUUUUUCUCAGACUUUUUGUGUAUUUCUUUGUGUUACUGAGGUAAAAAUUCAAGACAUGACUGUUCUUCCAAAGAAAAUAACUGCAAAGCUGUAAUAAUACGGCCAAAGAUGCUCUUGCAAGUAUUAAAUGGGUAGAGGAACACUACAGCCUUCGACUUAUCCAAGAACAGUAAACCCUGAUAGAUACCUUGAAAUGAAAAUAUAUCUGAAUUAAAUAUUGGAGCUGGAAAA